AUGAUGUGGUUCUGUUAUGUUAAAAUCGUAGCAUUAUUAUACUUAAUUUAUCGUUUACUAAAAUUUUGGAUCUUUAAACCAUGGCGUAUUCACAAAGAUUUAUCAGCACAAGGAAUUCCCGGCCAAUACACACCUAUCAUAGGUGAAGCCUUUGUUAUUCGCCGUGCUAUACUAGCUGACGAUCCGAUGUCUUAUAAUAUUGAAAUGACAAAAAAAUUUGGUAGCUAUUAUCAUGUAUCAUUUGGUCCAAUAGCUCGCUUAGUCAUUAGUGAUCCAUCAUUAAUUCGUGGAGUAUUGAAAACAAAUGCUUAUGCUUAUCAUAAAUCUAUUCUAAUGGAACUUAUUCUUGGUAUAUUGUUAGGAUCUAAAAAUCUCCUAAUGGCUGAAGAUAAUAUUCAUGCUCAACAUCGACGAUUGAUUGCACCUGCUUUUCAACAUCAAAAUCUAAAUUCAAUGAUUUCGCUCAUGUUCGAAAUAACAUCUAAUCUUCUUAAUAAAUGGUCAAUGAUUAUUAAUAAUAAUAAAAAUAAUGAAGUUUACCAAUUAAUUGUUGAUAUUCAUAAAGAAAUGACAAGUUUAACAUUAGACAUUGUCACUGGAUGUGUUUUUGGAAGUGAAGUGAUGAAAGAUCAACAUGUUCGAGAAAUUAUUAGUCGAGCUGUUACAAAAACAUUUGCAGAUGUUGAAGAAAGAACAUUUAAUUUGAUUGGUAUUAUUCCAAUUGUUAAUCGAUUACCAUUAUCGAGUAAACGACGAAUUGAUAAAUCAAAAAAAGAUGUUCGACAAGCUGUGGAACAUAUUAUCGAGGAACGAAAGAAAGGAUUUACUAAAACUGCAUGCAAAGGUUGUGUUGCUUUUGUUUUAAGGAUUGCAUCUACGAUUUUGAUUAUUUUUACUUUCAUAGGACCUGAUUUACUUGAUUUACUUUUGUCUGCGCAUGGAAAUGAUAAAACAAGUAAAUUAUCUGAUGAAGAACUUUUUGAAGAAGCUUUAACCUUCGUCGUUGCUGGUCAUGAAACAACAGCAACUUUAAUGACUUGGACAUUAUAUAAUUUAGUCAAUAAUCCUGAUAUAUGUCAUCGAUUAGAAGCAGAAAUCGAUUCUGUAUUGAAUGAUAAUGAAGAAAUCACAGCAUCAACAUUAAGCCUUCUAGCUUAUACAGAACUUGUACUAAAAGAAUCAUUAAGACUUCAUCAGCCUGCGCCAUCAUUGGUUCGUACAACAAUUGAAGAUAAUACUUUGAUUGCGAGCGAUGGAAAACAUAUUCACAUAAAGAAAGGAACUGAUAUUUUGAUUAAUUUAUUCAGUCUUCAUCAUUCAGAAAAAUAUUGGGAUGAACCAUUUAAAUUUGAUCCAUCAAGAUUCGAUGAACGUCAUGUUGAUACUUAUUUACCAUUUUCAACGGGACCUCGUUCAUGUAUUGGACAAAAUUUUGCUAUGUUAGAAGCAAAAAUCAUGUUAGCAAUGAUUAUUAAGCGAUUUCGUUUUGAAAUUAUACCUGGUCAAAAACAUGUUCCAGAAAUUACAAUUACAAUGAGACCAAAAUAUGGAAUGUGGAUGAAAGUUUUACCUCGAUGA